CAGAGGAUAAUUGAUUCUCUGACGCGUGGAAGCCCACAGGACUCCUGAGGGAGCUCAGGUAUAAAAGGCAGAGAUGCACAUCCCUGGCAGCCAGAGGACACUGGGGGAGAUCYGGGAGUGUUCUCCCUGCUCAGCACGAGUCCGGGUCCUGCCCGGCACCCAGCGGGCUCACGGAGCAGCUCCAGAGGAGAAGUUGGAUUUGCAACCGGGGAAGGAGCACCUGGGCAGCACCUGAGAAGCGCUUGUUUUCUACGGGAACGGUGACUCCAAGGGGUGGAAGAUGCUGGAUAAGGCCACCCUGCUCCUGUUCCUGCAUUUAGUCACAUGCUCCAUCUCCUCUCCUCUCUACCCAGCUCUCAGGUACAGCCCAGGGCCSGUUGCUGGCAAGGCCAUGAACUUCCAGCUGCAGCACAGCAGCUCCUUGCAGAGCCAUAACCCCUUGGCAGAGGCACAGCACGAGGAGGGUUUGUUAACAGACCCCACUGAGAAAAGGAUGCAGCGCCACGCUGAUGCCAUAUUCACCGACAACUACCGGAAAUUCCUGGGGCAGAUUUCCGCCCGAAAAUUCCUACAGACCAUCAUUGGCAAGAGGCUCGGAAGCAGCAAGAGCAGCCCAGGAGAAGGGGUGCAGGAAUUCCUGAGCAGGCGCCAGUCUGACAGCAUCCUGAUGGACAGCCAAUACCACCAGCAGAUGGUACUGAGGGACUUCCUGGGAGCCAUCCUGCACAGCCAAAGGCCUCACGACAUGGACAGCAGUUGGUUAGAAGGCUUUCCCAGCACCUUGGCUAAGCUCAUGUAAAUACUCCUCCUUUUUCCAUCUCCCCAUGCUCUGAAUAAUUCAGAGCUCAUGGACCAAACUGUACAGUGAGCCCUUCAGAGCAGUGAAGACACUCCCAGAUGUGAGCAGCUGGAAACUGAUGCAUACACUCCUCAGAUCUGAUCAAAGGAAUGCAGCACUGAUGCACUACUUAAUUUGCUCCAGCCUUUACAAUUUAACUCCCCUCUUGAAAUACUGCUCUGUACUGAAUCAGAAAAAAAAAAAAAAAAACCCUCUGUACUUUAACCUCAGGCUGCUUUACACACAGAGACUGAAACAACUGAUACACUUGUAAUCCUGGRGACAUUCUGUCUAUUCAUUAAGGUUUGAAAUCACAAAGUGUAGCAAAAUUUCUGCCCAGUCAUCAUUCUGUUUGAGGGCCUGAUUAAUAAAUAUGAGGCCACCAAAAGGCACCUUUAGGCAACUUAGUAAAUUGAUUACAGCCUCCUCUAAACUGAUGCUGAUGGCACAACCACACACAGCAGGGAUCAGGGUGAGGUGAGACAUGAAUCCACMCAUCUCCCAUUCACUGGAAAUGCUGCCCUGGGCUGCUGCUGCCUGAUUCCCUGACACAGAGCCCUGGCAGCACAAUGAACACUGCAAAGCUCAGCUAUGGUUACUGCUCAGCCUUGAGGAGCUCAAACUGAAGCUACAGCUCUGCCAGAGCUAAAGGAGGUCCCUGUGCAUCAGAUUGGGCUGUCACUGUCUCAACUCRACAUCCUGUUGAGUGCCACUCCUCUGUGGCUACAGUUAUAACUGUAAAUGUUAUUAAAAGAGUAAGUUAUAAGCCCAGUGGUCUUAUACCACCACGUCCUCCCUCUCACCCCAAUCCCCCUAUUGUUUGUGUAAUAAUUAUGUCUUUAGAAAUGUAAAUAAUACCAGGAUGGGUCUGCUGUUCCAUCAGCAGUGGGAAAUAAGAGUUGUUCUAAA